CGUCGUCAAAACGAUGAGUCAGUUUCCGCUUCCUGUGGACCAAAAAAAGUCUGAAAUCUUCUUGGAUUGGAUUACUGCUUGCUGCAAGUCUUUUAUUCAAAAUAAAAAAUAUCACGAAUAUAAAUAAAUUGCCACCGAUGUAGGUUUGCUAUCACGACGAAGAUAAGUGGUUAACUAUAAAUAGGGUUAAUACAAUAAGAUAUAUGUAUUUGAAGAACAUCAGCAAAAGCUAAAUUUCCGCAGUCAGCAGGUAUUGUUGUUAUUUUUUGGGGGGGAGGGGGGUCGUCCUGUCAAAUAUGGAAAAAGAAGAAUCCGACAGUCUAAUAGAGAAAGCAAAGCUGUGUUUGCGGUCCGGACGAAGAGAUAAAGCGCUUCAGUUACUAUACGAAGCACAGAAAUUGUACCCAAGUGCGAGGGCAAGAGCUUUAAUAGAUGCAAUCACACGGAAUGGGAGUGCAGCUGGUGAAGGGAGUAGCAUUCCUGAAUAUCAAGGAAGGAGGAAGCCUGGUAAUGAAGAAGAGCCUGUACAUGGAACAGUGGGGGGCACGCAGAGCUACACUGAAGAGCAGGUGCAGGGCGUUCACAGGAUAAAGAAAUGUAAGGAUUAUUAUGAGAUCCUGGGUGUAACCAAAAAUGCCACUGAUGAAGAAUUGAAGAAAGCCUACAGGAAACUGGCACUGAAGUUUCAUCCAGAUAAAAACUGUGCCCCUGGUGCAACAGAGGCAUUUAAAGCAAUAGGCAAUUCGUAUGCAGUCCUCAACAAUCCAGAAAAGCGAAGGAGAUAUGAUCAGUUUGGGGAUGAGCAGCAAAUGGAGGGCACAGCGCACACAGCACACCACCACAACUUCUACAGGGAGUUUGAAGCAGACGUCACACCAGAGGACUUGUUUAAUAUAUUCUUUGGAGGAAGGUUUCCUACAGGAAAUGUCCAUGUGUAUACAAACAGAGGAGCAACGUACAGUCAUUAUUACCAACCCCGUCGUCGUCGAAUGAAUGAGAGGAGGGAGGAGGAAGCAGAAGAAAAUGGAAGUCAGAGCACUUUCACAGCAUUCCUGCAGCUGUUACCAGUGCUAGUGCUCAUAUUCAUCUCUGUCAUAACCCAGCUGAUGGCGUCCACUCCUCCCUACAGUUUAUUCUAUAAACCCACUUUAGGUCUGGUUGUGUCAAGAGAAACACAAAACAUGGGAGUGCCAUAUUAUGUGGACAAAGGAUUUGAAAAAGAAUACCAAGGAGCCUCACUAAGAGAGCUAGAAAGCACUAUUGAGACUGAUUACAUUGAUUAUCUUCAAACCAGCUGCUGGAAGGAUAAGCAGCAAAAAACUGAUUUGGCCAAUUUAGGCAGAUUAUACAGGGAUGAGCGACUGAAGCAGAAAGCAGAUUCGAUGAAGCUUGAAAACUGUGAUAAACUGAACAGACUGAUUGGGAGGCCAAAGGGGGAAUGAAACAGCCGUCCCUGUCCUCUUGUCCUCUUGAAUCCUCCUCUUGUCAGUGCAGUUGGAUAUAAAUUCAAAUGAUUUAAAGUUUGUAAAUAUGUUGGAUUGCACACACAGUUAGCUACAGCUUAGAUUGAAUGGCUGGUGAACAUAUUUCAAGGUGAAUAGAUGGUGGAUGUGGUUUGACAGAGAGAGCUCCAGCUCUCUGUGGUUUGCACCUGUUUGAAAAGGAAAUCCCUUUUAUUUUCCUUAUAUUAAGGAAUAGCAUUACUGUUAGAGUCCAUUGCUUUUCUUGUAACUAUUAUUUACACACACACCCUGCUAAAAUAACUUGAUGUUACGCAUGAGGACAAUUUCACAAAAGACAUGUUUGUUAUGAUUCUUAUUUUUGUCUCAGGAAUGUGGCCUAGUUCAAAACAAUUCAUGACUCGUUUUUGGAAAAAUAAGAAAACUUUUUUGUGUCUUCAAACAAAACCUGCUUCUGGUAAAUGUGUUUUUUCCCUUCCCUCAGUUGAAAUCAGAAUUCUUACAACCAUAGCAUAGCUAUCAUCCCUAAUGGUUUUUCUCAUUAUUAUGUUGGUGAAGCCCACCUGCAUUCCUCUCCCAUGCCCUUCUUGUGUUACAGUAUAGGAUCUCACAUAGUCUCCUAUGUGGGUGUAUUGCUCUGGUCCCAUUAUCAUGAACGCAGUGUUGAGAUCCUGUACAUGGGCUUCUGCUCACGCUAUGCCAAUGACAAAGAACAACGUGAAGUCCUUGGUUGUACACAUUUAAGCAUCUUUAUUUGGAUUGGCGGGAAUAUGUCCCUAGGCUUUAGAUCCAGGAAAUUGUGGAAUUUGAUGACUUUGUAUUCUUGUGUAUCGUGUUGUUUUUCUUUUCCCAUGUGAGUUAUUGGUUGUCAUCCGUGUCACUGCCUCUAUUAAGCAACCACUUCUGAAGUAGAAAUUAAACAAAUUAAUUAUGUACCAUAAUGAAUACCCUUUUAAUAGAAAUAUUUGUAAAUGACUAAGGCUCAUAUCUGGGUUAUAUCAGACGAUAUCUGUAACAAGUACUGGGACGGGAUAGGGUAUUGCUUGUUUUGCCUCACUUGCUUGCUCAUCAAAAAACUAUGAUCAUACAGUACAUUGUAAUACCACAUUGGGAUAGUCACCUUUGCAGAAACCUAUUAUAGGGGUAAAAUAAACACCAAAACGCAUGGUUUAUUCAGUCUCAGUACUUGGAGGGCAGUGUAUGAUGUGAUGCUCGGUGAUUAAAACCUUCAACCAUCAUUCUUGUACUCUGAUCUUAAACCUUUCUUGUCUUCACAUUUCUGAAUUACAGCAUGUUCAGAUACUUCUACCCAAUCCUUCCUUUAUAUAUUUGUGUGUAUCUGUCCACUGAGUAUUUAUUUUUGACUCUGUGCUAUUGAAAGGUGUGGCAGUGUAGAGUGUCGCCUCACCUCUGCAAGCAGACGAGUACAUUUCAAUCUUGCCCAUUCAGUCGUGAGCCUCUCAUAAGCAGACUGCCAGCUGUACAGAAUUGUGUGGUGUUUCUAUGGCGAGGUUGAGAUCGCUAACCUCAUUUUAACCCAGAGGUGAAAGGCAGAAGAGGCUUGUGAAUUUGCACACAUCUUUAUCAAACCCAUUCAGCCUCUUUUGCUCCUUUUCAGUCUCUGCACUUUAUAUAAGCUAGAAAUGUGAUACCUGUAAAUGUAUAUGUACAUUUUGUAAAAAAAGUGUAUAUGGGUUAACCCCUUUGGACAGGCAUGGUGUUAAAAGUUUUAUUGUGUAUUUGUUUCUGCUGUGACAGUGGUCAAAAACCCUUCACUGAUAAGGAUAGAAACUGUUUCUUAAGCCAUUAAACUUUGUCUGAUGA